GCCAUGGAGAAGCCCACUCGGUCGCCACCGCGAGCGGGCGCCAGGAGCCGCAGGGUCGGAGCGUGGUUUUGAAGCCGCGUCUGCAGCCACCAUGAGCGGCCGAAGUCGGGGUCGGAAGUCGUCCCGCGCCAAAAGCCGGGGCAAAGGCCGCGCCAAGGCCCGAGUCCGCCCCGCUCCUGACGACGCCCCGCGCGAGCCGGACCCUCCACAGUGCCAGAGGCUCGGGGAGGAAGCCCAGGCGGUACAGGUGCAGGCUGGCGCGGGUUGGGGUGGCCAGGAAACCUCUGCGCCCGCGCCGCCCCGCCGGCCCCCCGGGGAGGAGGGCGCCUGCCGGCUCCCGCUGGACUGUGGCCUCGCGCUCCGCGCCCGCGCUGUGGGGGACCGCGGGCAGGCCGCGACCAGACCCGGCCUGGGGAAGGUCCCGUCGCUCUCGGAGCGCCUGGCAACAGACACUGUCUUCGUGGGAACUGUGGGGACCGUGGGAAGGCCUAAAAAUGUCCCCCGCGUGGGAAAUCGGCGUGGCCCUGUGGGGAAGAAGGCCCCAGAAGCUUGUAGCGCGGUGGGGAGGGGCCCUCAGGCGAUAGCUGGUGGGAAGCUGAAGAAAGGGACAUCCGCGGAGUGUGCCUGGCCAAGCGGCAGAGAAAAGAAAGUGGAGAAGGAUGCAGGGUCAGCGCCCCUGGCCACAGAUGGGAGCAUGGAUACGCUGGAGACCGUCCAGCUGAAGCUGGAGACCAUGAACGCCCAAGCGGACAGGGCCUACCUUCGGCUCUCGCGCAAGUUUGGCCAGUUGCGACUGCACCACCUAGAGCGCAGAAACCUCCUCAUCCAGAAUAUUCCAGGCUUCUGGGGGCAAGCUUUUCAAAACCACCCCCAGCUGGCGUCCUUUCUAAACAACCAAGAUAAAGAGGUACUCAGCUACUUAAACAGCUUGGAGGUGGAAGAGCUUGGCCUCGCCAGAUUAGGCUACAAAAUCAAGUUCUACUUUGGGCGCAACCCCUAUUUCCAAAAUAAGGUGCUUAUAAAGGAGUAUGGGUGCGGCCCUUCCGGCCAGGUCGUGUCGCGCUCUACUCCAAUCCAGUGGCUCCCAGGGCAUGAUCUCCAGUCCCUAAGCCAGGGGAACCCAGACAACAGCCGUAGCUUCUUUGGGUGGUUUUCAAACCACAGUUCCAUUGAGUCUGACAAGAUUGUGGAGAUAAUUAAUGAGGAACUGUGGCCCAAUCCUCUGCAAUACUACCUUAUGAGUGAAGGAGCCCGUGCAGAAAAAGGAAAGGAAAGCAGACAAGAUCCAGCAAGGCAGCCAACGGAGACCCCUGAGCCCGGGGUAAAUCAGUCCAACUGAUGCUGCACAAGUUUCUCUUCUACCUCCUGCUGAGCCCCGUGCCUGGCUGACCACAUGUGUUUGGCUGUCUGCCUUCUCUUCAUGUUGGCCUCUGUGCACUCUAUCCCCUUCGCCUUCAGUUACAAGAAUAUGGCAUUUCUGAUCAUGUUCUUUUGCCUUCCCAUGGCCUUUUGCUUUUUUUACAUUAGCGCCACAUGUUAUGUGCUCUCACUCCCACUGUUCAUAUGUUAAGCACACAUGCUUCAGAUGUGUGUUGACUAUCAGCGUUGCCUGGACUCUGUUUGUGGCUCUGGCCUUUCCUACUUGUCUUUAACAUGAAUGCUGGAGAGUCAUUCUCCAAGAGGACCAAUGCACCGUCAAGCUCUAUUCAGGGCCGGUGCCUUGCCUGGACUUUGUGUUCCUGCUGGCCACGCAUGCCAUCUAUUGCAAGCUUUUCUAUCGACACUGCAAAAUGAGGCCAGUGCACAUGCCAAAACUGAUUUUUCCAUGGCUCUGGAGUCACCAGCUGAGAUGGCACCUGUUGGAACUCUGUCUUUGA